UCAAUAACCAAGCAGGCUAGCCAGCUAAGUAAAACAUUCUAGAAUUAGCAGGCUAGCUAGCUAACAUGUAGUAUCUAGCUAACGUUACCCAUUAACUUGAAAUCAUCCUUGUCGCCUCUGUGGUGCAAAGGAUGGUAUUAUAUUGAUGGUAAUUAACGUUACUUCUGCAUGCAUGUUAGCUAGCAAACAGGCGACGUAGUCAAGUGGUUUCACUAAUUCCCUUUUUUGGAUUAAAACUAUAAAAUAGCAAAUUUGAUAUUGAUAUCGAUAACGCUCUUUGUAUGAGGGUUCUUAGGUUAGCUUUGCUACAUAUAGUUUGCAGGCUGGUUAUUGUAAUAAGCCUAACACUAAUAAGACACGAUCACACAUACAGCAAUCCUCAACGUUUUUAAUAUUUAGCCAGUUAGCAACACUAAUCUUUAUCAUAUAUAUAUCUAUAGGUAUAUUUAAAGUCAAAAAUUGACUGUGUAUGAGCUCCAGAUAGCAAGCCGCAGCAGGAGUCUUGUGACAGUCGAGCCCUAUUGAAUAGAGAUACCUGCAGAUGUGCGCUUUGAGGUGGCAGGGCAUCGAGAGAAUCCUGCAGUUGUGAAGUCGAAGAAGAUGCUAUGAAUUGUGUGCAAUGGAGGUGACCACGGAUUCGAAGGUGUUCCCCAACACCCAACCGCGUUUUCGAGGCUACUAUGCGUUUAUUCUGGGAUCUGUGGUGCUAGUUUCUGUGACGACAGCGAGUUCCCCUGUAGUCGAUGGACCUCUGUGGUCCUCAAAUAUGUCAGAGGAGAGUCACAGUGAGGCACCCAGAAGGACAGAUUCCCGUGCUGCCUUAUCAAGGUCAGGCACUGAAGCCUCAGGGCCUCUAGGCCUUAUUCUAACAGCAGCACUUACUUCCUUGCCUGAAGCUGCAGGAAAAUACAGCAACAGCACCGAAAGGACUUCGCCCGCUGAGUGGGGUCUCUCACAAUCUCUAGGCACCAAAGUGUCGACCUCCACAGACUCCUCGCUCCCCGACUUGGAACCUCACUCCACCACCCCUCUUGGCACCUCUGUGUUGGGGGGGUGGUCCUGGGGUUUGCCCUGGUUCCCCGUCAGACCCGUGCGGGACCUGACUUCGGCCCCACCCAAACUGUUGCCCAGCAGGUGGCUGCCGAAUCCAAACCUGAGGCCGUACAUCCGCCGGGGUUCCCUGUCCUCAUCCCUGGAGCCGGAGACAAUGUUGGGCCACCACCUUUCGCUGUCACAGCUCAACAUAUCUGCAGCCCCCGUGUCAGAUUCCAUUCACUCAGUGGCCGAACCUUCUGGGCUCUCCAUCCCUAAAUCUCUCCAGAGAACUCAAGGGUCUGGCCCCCUUGAGCAGCACAACACUUCCAGGUUCACCACAGUGGGUAUUGUACGAUCAGCUCUUCAGGAACCUGCCUCCUCCCUGGGGCUCCCUAAUAGUAGCCCUCCUGCAGGCCAAGCCAGCUCUGCUGCUGACUACAGUGUCUCUCAAAGGCGUGGAGGCUCCCUUGCAAGUCUUCCCUUGAGGCAGUCUAGGAGAUCCGAAGAUUGGGACCACCUGCAGGCCAGCAGGGUCUCAACUGUCAGUGACGCGGCUCAGGGUAUUCACCUGCUCUUAAAACUUCCUGAGGUUGUGACCCCUAGCUACGUGCCCUUUAGACCCUACACCUUGUCCACCCUGCCCAAACUGACAGUGAUCUCCCCCGGGGACCUCUCCCCAGCAAGCAUAGCAGAGGCUGACUGGGGCUCCGGGGACUACCUGGAGACCAUAUCCUUCAUGCACUCAGAAGGGGACGACUUCUCGCUGGUCACCAGGCUGCCCACCGAGGUGUAUGAGUGGGAGGACUCUGGUACAGAGGUGUACGACACCUCUUUCCCCUCCAGGGUGGUGCCCACUCUGUCCACCAUGCACAUCUCCAGCUCUCCCACCUUCACGACGGUCUACAGUUCCAGCCUCCGAACUGCCCACCCGGGCUCCGCCCACCCGGCUCCCAGCAGCCCCACACCAGAGUCACCCUUGCCCUUUCAGCAUAGCCUAGCCGAUGAAGGCUCUGAGCUGGACUGGGCCAACACCUUCCCAGUUGAGCCGACAGGGAUCCUGCUGCCGGACAUGAACAGCCUGGAGUACUACACCACCCUUCUGGCCAAGGGGAACAGCAGCACACCCAAGCACAGGGGCAACCGGACCACCUCCAGACCCGUUCCCCACAUGCCCCUGGGGACCACCCACAUCAUGCCCACCCGGCCUCUCACCCUGGACCCUGGUCGCAUGCAGACCACUUCUGCCAGCAGCUCUGAGGCACCUCUCAUGGUUACCUUGGGUGCAGGAGUCCUUGAUGUGAUCACAACCGAAUCCCAGGGCUCUGGGAGGCUUCACCUGGUGAGCGCUUUGACGCAUACACUGGAGCCUUCAGUGUCCCUCACCCUCUCUAUUGCCAUCUCAACCUUGUUGAGAAGUCAGGUCUCUGCCACGCCCACCCUAUUACCAGUGGCAACCAGCAGCUCAGCUGUCCCUCAGCCCUCUGCCACCCGGAAUCCUGGUGUCACCCGCCCAUCCUCGGGGAUAACUACCCAGUGGGUCAUCUUCCCAACCUCCACCGAGACCACCCUCCACUCCAUAGCUGCCACUUCCCAUGCUACCCCCAUGUUGACCACUCCCCCAGCGGUCACCCCUCGUUACUCUGGCCCUAGUUCAGCCCCCCCUGUGACGGGCACAGCUGAUGAGGAUUCCUCCACGGAGACGAUUUCUUUCAGCAUGCCUCCCAGGGAAACCACUACUAGGGAAACCACUACUAGCACCCCUUUCAAAUUUACCACCCCGUUCACCACAACCAGCAGCCCAGUAAUGACCACCCCCAGAGCCCCACUGUCUACAACAACCCGCCAGUACCUCUGCAACAUCACCAGACCUGACAUGUACUUAGUGAGAGUUGGUCUCCCCUUGGGAACCACCACUGGAUAUGCCAAAUCCCUUAUGCGGGAUGUCCUGAAGAGUGAAUUCAACCGCUCUGUUGAGCUGCAGGUUCUGAAAGCCCCGCCAGACUUCACGUUCCGCGUGGUGUCAGGUCCAGCGGUUUACACAGAGAUCGCGGUCAUCAACUCCCUGCAGCAAUCUCCCCGCAGUGCUGCCACCAUCCUGAGUGCUUCGCCUGUCAGCGCUGUGCCUGACCCCAAGUUCCAGGUUCACUCAGUGCUGCAGUUUGUGCCCAACCACAUGGAUGUGCGCACCUGCAUCUUCAGCGAGCGCGUGGAGAGAGGCCUGACCAUGGCCUAUGCAGAAGUGUGCCGGCGCUCCCAGGAGUCCACCAACUUCACUGCGCAUAUUGUCAACAUCACCAUGAACUCACCCAAGGCCCAGCGCCAGCAUAGGGCACCGGUGGACAUCACCUUCGCCAUACGGGACGCUAAUGGUUACUUGAGGGGGUCAGACGUGAGUGGGCACCUGAGGCUUCUGAGCGUGGUGGAGUUCAGCUUCUACCUGGGCUUCCCUGUGCUGCAGAUUGCAGAACCUUUUCACUACCCGGAGCUGAAUGUGACCCAAUUGCUGAAAUCCUCCUGGGUUCGGACAGUGCUGCUAGGCGUGCUGGACCAGCGGGUGAACGAGCGUACAUUCCAGGCCAAGAUGGAGCGGCGGCUGGCCCUGCUGCUGGGGGAGGUGCUGGGGACGGCAAGGCGCUGGAGGAGGGCCACCAUCGUGGGUAACAACAGCGUGCAGAUUGUGAGAACGUCCCGGCUGGAGGGCUCAGACUACCCCCUGGAGAUGGUGUACUUUGUGGAGGGUCCCAGUGGGAAGAGAGUCCCGGCCGUCACCACCUCCAACAUGUUGAACCGCAUUGAUGUCCAGCGGGCUGCCAUCGUCCUGGGAUACCGCGUGCAGGGGACGCUGGCCCAGCCUAUGGAAAAGAUGACCAUGCCCCCCUCUGAGACCCAGAGCAGUAACAUGUGGAUCAUCGUGGGCGUGGUGGUUCCUGUGCUGGUGGUGCUCAUCAUCAUCAUCAUCCUGUACUGGAAGCUGUGCCGCACAGAUAAGCUGGAAUUCCAGCCAGACGCAAUGGCUGCCAUCCAACAGAGGCAGAAGCUCCAGGCUCCCAGUGUGAAAGGCUUUGACUUUGCUAAGCUGCACCUUGGGCAGCAUAGUAAGGACGACAUCAUGGUGAUCCAGGAGCCCACCCCCCUCCCAGUGCCUGUCAAAGAGGUGACCCCAUUGCAGAACGGGGAUGCCCCCACUCCCAAGUCCAAGGCCUCCUCCACCAAGGCAUCCCGACCAGCUCGGCGCAGAGGGAGGAUCUCUCCCUCGGACUCCAUGGCCAGCGAAGCGUCGAGUGGGAAGGAGUCGACCGAGGUCAACCAGAGAGCCCCAGUCCCACCCAGCGAGGCAAAGCAGCCCCGAAAAAAUCCAAAAAAUGGGAAGAAUAAAGUUGGCCCCCCACUGCUUACCAGAAUGGACGAGCAGCUCUCCUCCACCUCCAUCUUCGAGCAUGUGGACCGCAUGUCACGCUCCUCGGACGGCACCCGCCGCGUCGCCAACAAGAUCCAGCUCAUCGCCAUGCAGCCCAUGCCGGCCCCUCCCCAGCACAGCCCCGCCAUCACCGAGAGAGUGGCCGACAGUGCCAAGAUUAAGGAGGAGAUUCAGGUGGCCCUGAGGCACAAGUCCGAGAUCGAGCACCACCGCAACAAGAUUCGCCUUCGGGCCAAGAGGAGAGGCCACUACGACUUCCCUGUCAUGGAUGACCUCAUGGACAGCUUUGCUGACCCCAAAGGCGCCAAACGUGUCUACCAGAAGGCGCAGAUGCAGAUCAACAAGAUCCUGGACCCUGACGCCCACAUGCCCUCUGUCUUCAUGGAGCCUAAGAAGAGUGUCAGGGGAAAGCGGUCCCCCAAUCAGAGGAGGAAGCCCCACAUGAAUGGUGGUCUGACGGAGGCAGAUAGAGACCGGCUCCUCCCCGACAGCGAUGGCACCUACAGGAAGUAUCCCGGAGUCAACAACGUCGCCUAUGUGUCAGACCCUGACCAGCUCCCGGAGAUCCAUAGCCCCUCCCCUAAUGAUGAUGUGUUCACCGGGCUGGGUUCGCCUCCCCCAGGCCCUGCCUCAGCCCCACCCCCCUACAUGCCCCCACAGCCCUCCAUUGAGGAGGCGCGGCAGCAGAUGCACUCACUCCUGGACGACGCCUUCGCCCUGGUGUCGCCCAGCUCACAGGGUAGCACACCCGGCAUCGCCCUUCCAGCCGUCACCUCUGGCCUGUCCACCUCCAGCCCCCCAGCCCGUGCCCCCCGGGGCCCUGCCCCCGGACAGUGGGGCUCUGCCUACUCCUCCGCCCCCUCCCUAAGCCCCUUCUCUGCGAGGUGCGCAGAGCUAGGAAUGUCUCCUCCCUCAGUUCAGGGCUUAAUUCAAAGACAGGGUCUGGGCUCCAGCUAUCUCCCUCCAGCAGACUCAGGACGUGGUGACCAGAUUGCACUGGACACCCUCUACUCCAGCGGGGGGCUCUACAGUGAGGAGCCGCCCUCCUCUGCCAGACCGCGGCCUGUAGGGAGCACCACAGGCUCCCAGCUUCAUCACCUGACACAGGUGGGUCUCUCAAGCCGGAUCAGUGCGUACCCUGGUGUGGUCCGAGGUUCCUCUGGUCAGAGGAGUACCUCGGUGUGGAGUCAGUAUUGCCCUGAGGAGGAGUACAACAGGGCCACUCCCAGCAGAGAUACAGUCUUGGAGUCCCCCGACACCCCCAACUCUUCAGUGUUCCAGAUGACCUGCAAUGCCCUUAGGGAGCCCUCGGUACCCCCUACCCACCUGGACCCCCCCAAGGAGAGCUCCCCGCCCGGCCACUCCUCUGCCUCCCUUAUCAAAGCCAUUCGAGAGGAGCUCAUACGGCUCUCCCAGAAGCAGGCUGUCAUACCCAGCUACCACAGCUGAAACCGCGCCUCCCAAUCUCACCACCACCCCUGUCCCACGGAGCCCCAGCCCCCCACAACACCUCCCUCUAACCCACGCUCAGAUAGCCCCUGGCAGCACUGCCACCCUCUGGCUGUGUGCCACCAUUCCUGUGGUGGGAGUGGACCAAACCCAACUGGUCAAUCAGGAGGGAAGAGUAUGGUCACCUGACUCAUUCUCCAAGCAGCCUGACCACCUGGCUGCUCUGUCCAGGAUGUGCUAAGGCAGUAUGGGAAUCCAGAAUGUGGUUGGACCGGACGGGUUAGUUGUCUGUGGCGGGUGGAGGGAGUGUUCCUCUGAGGUCUUUCACCAGAAAUAUCCUUCGCACUGAGUUGUAGAGUAUGUAAGCACUUCCACUUGGGUUGUCAGUGUAGAGAUUUUUCAGUGUUACUCAGAAAGGUACUUUACCUAAAAAAAGACCAGCAUCAUAAUAGGCAGUUUCAGCACUGGAGUUAUGACCAGCACUGGAGUCAUGAGCUGAAGUGCUUCCCAGAGAUGAGGCAUCUUCUCUCCUUCUGAGUUCUCCUGGUGCUGAACCCCAGCACAGUAAAUGCACAAUGGCUAUAGCUGCAUCUCGACUUAUUUGAGUCCUGCUUGAAUCCGCUGCAGAGAUCAGGCUGGAGGGGACUGGAGGUGACACGAGGUGAGCAGUGUCAUUCGCUCUGGUUCUUCUCUGCCCUCUCUCUACUGUCACUCAGUGUGUCUAACGCAGAGGACACAAGGACAGGGUUAUGAGCUUUGAUCAUGUCCUCCAGUCACAGCACAGCAGGUCAGCAGCAGCAGCCUUUAUUCUGAUUCCAGGAGGUGUCUCAAAGACUUGAGUGUCCUUUAAUGCAAACUACUGCUGUAGUCAGUGUUAAUUAUAUGAUGUAUUAAGCUCUGGUAAAAUGCAAGGAUAGUGCUGGAGAUUGAUGGUGGAAGUUCACAGAAGGUGCUAAGCUAACAGACCAAAUGGUUCAAAUUCUGUAACUCACAGGAGCUGUCUGUGGCUGUUCUGUUUCUGUAGUGAGCCUCUGAACAGGGCUCACCAACCCCAGGCUAACCUCAGAUAAAAGAAACACUGUUGAUGGAGUGAUGGAGGAGUGAGGCAUCAUGAACCACCAAAAUGGCUGGAGCCAGCUGUGACUCGCUGGCCUCAACCAAUCGGAGUGUUUUGCUAUGAUGAACUAAGCCUAGUGAUUGGAACAUACAGAUCAGUGGUUGACAGCAUGUGAUGGCUUCACCUAUCACACAACUAAUUCAAGUCACCAUUUAGAGUCUUAAUAUAAACUAUUGCAAUGCUGUAAGUGUUUAACUGUUUCUUUUUUUUUUUCCCUUAUUAAUGAACAAAGACGACCAGAUUACUAAUACUGCCCUGCUCCAUUUUGCCUCUUCUUUGGGGCUUAAUACUGACUUGGAGCCUGAAGUGUCUUUAGCCUUGGAUAUGUAGCUAAAUGUAGAAGCUGGUCUCAUGUGCUGUUCCUGUGUUCACUGUGUUUAGUAAAGACUCCUUUAUCAUCUCUUCUGAUUUGUGAGAUCUCACACUGUUUACUGGAAGACAAUGCAGUGAAAUUUGUAAGUACCGUUAAGGAGAGAUUUCUGAAGUAAUGCAUUAACAAGAUACAAUCCUAACACUUGACAUGACUGAAAUGAAGACUAGAAGAAUUUCGAU